GGAGGCUUUGUCUGGAUACGUGGUGGAGCUUGAGGCGGGCCUAUAGACCCACGCUCAACAGCCUACCCUUCCAGCUCUUUCCAGCCUCAAAAAUGGCUACCUCCACUUCUUCCCAGCUUUUUCCUGUCUUAUUAAUCGCAUUUUUCGUCUCCGUGGUGAACUCCCAGUAUGAGAAAUACAGCUUCAGGAGUUUCCCCAGGCAUGAGCUCAUGCCUCUGGAGUCCGCUUACAAAUACGCACUGGAUCAGUACACCGGGGAGAAGUGGAAGGAGACGGUGGAGUACAUGGAGGUGUCUCUGCGACUCUACCGGCUGCUGCGGGACAGCGAGGCCUUCUGCAACCUUAACUGCAGCUCCGUGAGGCUGGAGGACGAGCAGAGGUUUGCGGAGUUUCCAGAGCUGCAGGCGUUUGGAAACGUUAUGAAGAGAGCGCAGUGCCUGAAGCGCUGCAAACAGGGCUUACCCGCUUUCAGGCAGACCAUGCCCAGCCGGGACACUAUAGAUGAAUUUGAGAGGAGGGAGCCGUACAAAUACCUUCAAUAUGCCUACUUCAAAUCUGACAACCUGGCCAAGGCGGUGUCUGCUGCCCACACCUUCCUCCUGAAACACCCGGAUGAUGAGAUGAUGCAGAGAAACAUGGCCUACUACAAGAGUCUGCCUGGAGCCGAGGAGCACCUGAAAGACCUGGAGACCAAAUCCUACGAGACCUUAUUUAUACGUGCCGUGAGGGCGUACAACGGCGAAAACUUCCGUACCUCGGUGUCAGACAUGGAGCUGGCACUCAGGGACUUCUUCAAGGUCUACGACGAGUGUCUGGCUGCGUCUGAGGGACCGAGGGACGUCAGAGAUUUUAAAGACUUCUACCCCUCGAUAGCUGACCACUACAUGGAAGUGCUGGAGAGGAAGGCCGGGUGUGAGAGCGACCUGACACCUGUUGUCGGCGGUUAUGUUGUUGAGAAGUUUGUGGCCACCAUGUACCACUACUUGCAGUUCGCCUACUACAAGCUGAAUGACUUGAAGAACGCAGUGCCGUGUGCAACCAGCUACUUGCUGUUUGACCCCAAUGACGAAGUCAUGAAGAACAACGUGGAGUAUUACAAGUUCCACAAAAGCAAGUGGGAGCUGAUAGAUGAGGAUUUCCUCCCCAGAUCAGAGGCAGUCCGGUACUACAAUCAGACCACCAUGCAGCUUCAGAUGUUGGAGUUCUCCAAACAGCGUCUGGCCAGCGACGAUGAGGGGGAGGUGGUCGAGUUUAUAGAUGAGUUCCUGGAUGAGGAUGAGUAGAAGAUUCUGCUGAAACACUGAAAAACAACACAAAACACUCCCAA